ACUUGAAACUAUUCAUAAUAAAAAUCUCAUACAUCGAGAUAUGCACAGCGGGAACAUGUUAUUUGUUGAAGCAAAUGAAAAAUUUUAUCAAUGGCAAAUUGGAGACUUUGGAUUAUCACGUCCUGCAAAUAAUACUUCAAUAAAUAAUGAAAUAUAUGGAGUAAUUCCAUACAUAGCACCGGAAAUAUUUAAUGGUGCUUCAUUUUCAAAAGAAUCUGAUAUUUAUAGUAUUG